GCAAAUGUGUGUAUUUCUAAAGCCAGAGUGAAGACAGGAGUACUUGGUCAUUCCCCAGAAACCAGGAAUCACAGCUUAAUCUAGAUACUUGUCAGUCCAGAAAAAUUGCCUUAUUAGCAGUGAAACUUCUAAAAGUGCUUUUAAUUCGUUCUGUAUGCAGGUAACUUUUCUGAAAAAUUUACCUGCUUGGUCACUUUUUAAAAUUUUAUCUUGUGUAAGGUUUUUUAUUUCUUUUGAAACUUAGAAUUUGAUACAUAGGUCAAGAAAUUCAGUUGCCAUAAUAAUAGACAAGCACUAAAGCUGUAAUUUGUGUUUCAAAAGCACAGCAAGUACCAAAUAAAUUGAUUUACUGCCAGACAAGUAAAUAUGAUGCUGCUUCCUUGAAAGCCCAAGUCUGUUCAUGGUAAACUUAUCAUAAUGAAGGUUAAGGAAGAUGCUUAAAGAUCAGAUAAAAGGUCUCAGAAAGGAAUUGUGUAAUUGUAGGCAGACACAGUGCUGUGUUGUGCUAUGAAUCUGACUUUUUAAACUGCAGCACUCUGUUUUUCUUUAGUACUGGUCAUGUCAAGUUAAAGGUCUACAUUAAAACAGUAGGUUAUAUUAUUUUUUAAAUAAUUCCCUUUUUCUCAAAAGCAAUUAGUAUUUUAUUUUCAGAAGGGCAGGAAGUUUCAUGCAUCUUAAACAGCAACAUGCAGCUUUCAGCUUGAGUCUGUGAGGGGUUGGAAGUGCUGGGUAACUGCAUGGCAGCACCGUAGAGUGGGCUGUGCUGCUACACGCUCAUGCUUUAUGCAGUUGAUUUCUGCUUGGGACUUGGUUUUGCAUAUUUGCUAGCUAGUAACCAUCAGAAGUAAAUGUAUUGGCAGUGAGGGCAAUAUUUUAAUGGGGAAAAGUAGUAAACCAGUUUCCUAAAUGCAGUGUUUUAAAAAAUAUUUGAUGGCAGCAUUCUUGUGUUGGGUAUGAAAGAACGUUGCUUGAUAUGGAAAACUUUGCAAGUGAAACACAUUUACAGUCAAUAGCGCAUAGGAAAUGAAGAACAAUGUCUAAACUACUGUGUGCAUUAUCCCCCAAAUAGGGAGGUUUUUAUGUAAUAUGUCGAUGUGUAUGUUUUAGCCAAGUUUAGGAGCAUAACAGGAGGAAAAAAGACCUUUGUAAUUUAAGAAUCCGGUAUAGCUGGGGGUGGGAGUUAUUUAAGGAUUAAGUCCAUUAGUCAGUAGCAAUCAAAUAUAUAAUCUACAAGCCAUUUGCUUCAGGUGGACAAAAAGUCUAUACUAGAUUAAUAGGGAACAAAUGUAACAGCUUGAAACUAAGUACUGUAUAGUGAGUCGUUGGCCUACUUUGCUUAAAGCCUUUUAAGCCUACCUAAAGUGGUAGGUAACGUGGUACAAAAGAAAGGUCAAAAUAAAUACUAAGUUGGACCAUUACUGAGCAGUCUGACCAAGAGCCUUUUUUUAUUCUCCAUGUCUGCUUUCAAUUUUUUCUUUUGGUAAUAUGGUCUAUGAUAUAUUCAUCCCUGCAUUAAUUGUCCUCCAUUUCUCCCACUCAAACUUUCCACUUUCUGUCCAGAGUUAUGCACAAUCUGUCAGCUGUAUGACAGGGUUUAGCUUUCCCUUCAGCAUCAGGCACAGGGCCAGCUGUUGCUGAGGGUAGAGGACUGGACAUGCUUCCAACCUGUCAUGACAUCUGACCAUGAGGUGUUUUGCAGUGUGAGAAGGAUAGAGGAGGGCUUUACCAUGGGCAUAUAAUGACUUAUUCCUAAUUCUGUUGCCUGUUAAAACAUCUCUAACGCAUGACAUUUGUUUGAACUAGUAAUUUUCUGACAUUCAGCAGAAUUGUUCCAGGUUGGUGGUGGUUUUUUUUGUCAUUAAGUCAGAAGAGCCUCUAAAACUUUUUUUUUGGGGGGGGGAGGAGGGCUGGAAAUGAUGUCUCAUUUAAAAUGUGUCUCAGAAAAUUCAGUCCCCUAAAUAUUUCCUGUUUUUGAAGUAAUGAAAUAACAAGUUUAGCUUCUUUUGGAAAUAAUUUAGCAUUCAAACUGAAAUGUGUAUGUCAAAUUUCAGCCUUAAGCAAAUCCUGCCUGGCAAAAAUCUAAGAGUUGAAGGAAAAUGGCUAUAUUUUUACAAUGCAAAUAUCAGUUCAUUCUUAAUGGUUUGUGACAUGGAUAUAUUAAUGGGCUUAUAAUUCAUAUGAGAUUAGAGAAGGUACCUAGAGCUACUUUAUAUUCAGAGUUUAACAAAAUGGUUUUCUUCUAUGGGAUGAGCAGUCAGUUCAGAGUAUGCAUUCGUUAAAUGGUGACUUAGGAAUCAAGUUCAUCACAUGAAAAUUUACAGUGUAUACCUUGGAGAUUUAUGUUGUUUGCUCUUUUUCUCUUAGGAAGCCUGACAAAUAGGAAAAUACUACAAAGUGAAGAGAAAAUUCACUUCACGAGAACUGAGCUCUGCUUUCAUUGGCUUUUAAAUUUUAUUUGUAUUAAUAACUGAUUAGUGUCAGAUCAUCUCUGUAGUCUACUGUGGUGAGAUUAUUAGGUUAAAGCUGGAAAAAAUGAAACAAUUAAAAAGAAAAAGAAAAAGCAAUUUUAGUGUUCAGGAAACUCAAACUCUCCUUAAGGAAAUCAGAAAAAGGAGAGAAGUACUCUUUUCAAAGCAACUUAAUACAACAAUUAAUGAGAUGAAACGGAAAGCCUGGGAGGAAAUAGCGGAGUGUGUAAAUGCUGUAGGUGAAGGAGAGCAAAGAACAGGGACAGAAGUGAAAAGGCGAUACCUUGACUGGAGAGCACUCAUGAAGAGAAAACGUCUGAAUGCAAACAUCAAAGUAGUAGGUGCUGGGUUUCACCUUCCUUCAUCCAAUUUAGAUGACUCUCUCAAUGAAGACAUGGACGAGAAAAUGGGAUUUGCAAUUGAAUCUAGUUUUGAAUGGCAAAAUAUUACUGACUUCAGAGAAGCCGGUGGAUCCUUAACAGAAAUCAAAGUAGAAGAGGAGGAUCCGCAGAAUUUUGAAUUUCCUAUUGAGGAAGAAGAAGAAAUUUUGUCGUCAGUUUUGCCAGAUUCGAAAAAGGAAAAUGACCUACCAGACUUCCCCCACAUUGAAGAGUUUGGAAAUCUAAGCUCUGCUCAAGCUAGGCUAGCCUAUGAAGAUUCUCACUUGCUUAUAAAUCUGGAGAAGCAGAAGGUGGAGCUGGAGAAGCAGCGACUAGACAUUGAAGCUGAAAGGUUGCAAGUGGAGAAGGAGCGCCUGCAAAUUGAAAAGGAACGCUUGCGGCAUGUUGACUUGGAGCGUGAGAGACUUCAGAUUGAGAAGGAGCGACUUCAGAUUGAAUGGGAGAAACUCAGGCUAGAGACUCUGCAUGCUGAAAAACCUGCCCUCGACAAUGACCUCGCCCAAACGGAAAAACCCAUCAUGCAGCCUCUGGAUCUAGAAACUGAAAAGCUAAAACUUGAAAAAGAACGUUUGCAGUUAGAGAAGGAGAGGCUGCAGUUCCUAAAGUUUGAGUCAGAGAAGCUGCAGAUUGAGAAGGAACGCUUGCAAGUGGAGAAGGAGCGCCUUCGAAUUCAGAGGGAGGGUCACCUGCAGUGAAUUUCUCAACUGAAGUGUCAACAUUAGUGUUUUGAUGUUUGUAAAAUAGAGGUAGUUCUUAAUACUGAAAUUGUUCUAGAGGCUUAACAUUCUUCUGUUUGGGCUUGAAUGUUGAUGUUAAACUGAAAAAGAAAAAAGAAUGGUGCUCAAUAUGUCAGCGUGCCUACAUAAAUGAGCUAAAGUGUGAAGUUGCUUUUCAGUGUGUCAGAACUAAGUGUUAUGUUCUCUUGUCUUUAGUAUUGUGUUGUGUUAGUUCAGUGUUCUCCUCUUGUAGACACAUUGAGAAGAAUCAAGGCUGAACCUUGUACUUUUUUUUCCACUGUACUAACAGUUAGGAUGAUCAGAAUAAAUCAACAUAUGUUGUGAGGGCAUGGUCCUGACAGUAGCCCACACACUACAUAAGUUAGAACGCAAUAACGCAAUCAUGAUGCGAUUGAUUCAGUAAACUUAAUUUCCCCUUUUUCUUUUUUUCCCCCACCCUCACAAUGGGAAAAAGAGUUCAAGAAUUAUCUAAAAGUUGAAGUACAAGUUCAAUUCACUGCAGUUGCGUUCACUGUUGUUCCAUGGCUUGGACUGAAUGAGAGUUCAGAAAAUAGUAUUCUUCCUUUUGCAUGAAUCAUUUGUGCUAGAUAAAGCUACACAUCAACCAUACCUACUACAAGCUGGACUGUUGGUUUCACCAGGUCAUUGAUGAUGCUAUAUGGAACAUAGCACCUGUCUUAGUGUAGCAUAGGGAUGUAUUUAUUGAUUGAUCAGGCAUGCUGUCUGAUGAGUCUGUGACAACCCCCUGAAGUAAAUUGCUAGACCUGGUUUGUUCCUUGAAAGACAUUAGCUGGUGAUGGGAGGCUUGAGAGUGGAGACACAGAGGCUGAGCACAGGUGAAGGAGCACUGAGCUUAAACACUACCCCUCUUGAUGUUAGUUCUGCCUGGCCAGCACUGAGGUCACAUCUGUGAGGCAGCCAGAAGAGGCUUCUAUGGCUGACACCAUAUAGUAUAUUUUAUUUUGACAAACAGAAAUGGUCAGUGCUGAAGACUGUCAGUGUUUUUCAUAAGUAAUGUAUGAAUUUAAUAAUAAAAAACAGGGAAGCUUUCUAUUAUUUCAUAUAUGUUUAAAUCCCAACUGAGCCAGACUUCACAUUUUUCAUCUUUCUGCAAGUAACUACCUUUUUUUGACUCUGAAACUUAGGACUAUGAGAAUACUAAAUCUGAGUAUAUGUUGAGUGACUUACAUGGAUUCUUGUGCAAGUAAAUAUAUUUGUACCACUACAGGAUUACUUUUAUUCUGCAAAGAAAAUGUUAUUUUUUUAUUACUGAAACAAGUGUGCUUCUACAGUGGAAAUAAAUUUGACUACUACAACCCAAAA